AAUGGCGGCGACCCCCUCCAAAUCCAGGGUCAAGCCCUCGCCUCCCGCCCCUCAGACGCCAGCCUCCGGCCCUCGCCGCUCCCUUCGUCUCUCCUCCACUCCUCGCACUCCGGUCCACUGCUAUGAUCCGUCCUCUCCCCGCAAAUCGGCCAAGAAAUCCAAGCGAUCGCUCCUCAAGACUCCUGCUUUUUGUCCCAUCACCCCUAAUCUUCCGGAAUCGAAGAGACGGAGGAGAUCGGGACCUGAUUCAAACCCAUCAAAGAAAAAAAUCUAUUUCAAGAGAGUUGUGUUUGAUGGCGUGGGAUUUGAAAUUGGGGAUGCUGUUUAUGUGAAGAGGAGGGAAGAUGCGGAGUCUGAUGGUGAUGAACCGGAGGUGGAGGAGUGUCGGAUUUGCUUUGAGGUUGGGAAUUUUGUGAUGGUGGAGUGUGAUGAUUGUUUAGGGGGUUUUCACUUGGGGUGCUUGAAGCCACCUUUGAAGAAAGUGCCUGAGGGGGACUGGAUUUGUGGGUAUUGUGAGGCUAGGAAGAUGGGUAAGGUGGUUGAAUUGCCGAAGCCUCCGGCAUGGAAGAAAAUUAAGAGGACUGCGAAGGAGAAGCUGCUCUCUAGUGACCUGUGGGCUGCACGGAUUGAAAGCCUGUGGAAAGAACCUGAUGGAACUUAUUGGCUAAGAUGUCGAUGGUACAUGAUCCCUGAAGAGACUGCUGCAGGAAGGCAGCCACACAAUUUAAGGAGAGAGCUUUACCGUACAAACGAUACUGCAAACAUUGAGAUGGAUUCUGUCAUCAGGCAUUGCUUUGUUAUGAAUCCUAAGGAUUUUUUUGAAGCUAACGACGAGGGAGAUGAUGUAUUUUACUGUGAAUAUGAGUAUGAUGUACAUUGGCAUAGUUUCAAGCGGAUUUCAGAAAUUGAUAAUUCUGAGGAGUGUGAUGAAGGAGCAGGAAAUGAUGAUGAGUGGAAAUUAUCAAAGGAUUCAGAUUCUCAGACAGAUGAAGACUCAGAAAAAGAAGAGGAUACAGCACAGGGCACAUCAUAUAGGAAAUAUCAAACCCAUCAAUUGGCAGCAAAUUCUCGCAGGGGAAGGAUAUUUGGUCUUCAAAGAAUAGGAGCAAAGAGAAUACCGGAGCAUGUUAGAUGUCAUAAACAGACUGAACUAGAAAGGGCAAAAGCAAUGCUGGUUUUGGCAAUAUUGCCAAAAUCCUUGCCUUGCAGGACCAAAGAAAUGGAGGAAAUAACUGCUUUUGUCAAAGGUGCUAUUUGUGACGACCAGUGUUUAGGCCGAUGCCUUUAUAUUCAUGGUGUUCCUGGAACUGGCAAGACAAUGAGUGUGCUUUCUGUGAUGAGGAAUUUAAGUUCUGAAGUUGAAGCUGGUACUAUGAGACCAUAUAGUUUUAUAGAGAUAAAUGGUCUUAAAUUGGCCUCUCCAGAGAACAUCUACAAGGUUGUUUAUGAAGCUCUCAGUGGCCAUAGAGUUGGAUGGAAAAAAGCACUUCAUCAUCUGAAUGAAAGAUUCUCAGAAGGCAUUAAAGUUGGCAGACAAGAGAACCAGCCUUGUGUCUUACUCUUAGAUGAGCUUGAUCUCCUCUUAACCAGGAAUCAAUCUGUCCUGUAUAAUGUUUUUGACUGGCCAACAAGACCUCAUUCUAAACUUGUUAUAAUAGGAAUCGCAAACACUAUGAAUCUUCCAGAAAAAUUGCUGCCUCGCAUUUCAAGUCGUAUGGGAAUUCAAAGGCUAUGUUUCGGGCCUUACAAUUAUCAGCAAUUGCAAGAAAUCAUUUUAACCCGCCUUGAAGGUAUUGAUGCAUUUGAAGAGCAGGCUAUUGAAUUUGCCUCAAGGAAGGUUGCAGCAAUGUCAGGGGAUGCCAGGCGUGCCCUGGAAAUCUGUAGGCGUGCAGCUGAUUUAGCAGAUUAUCGUCAAAAGCAAUUAUCAUCUUGUACAAAGGUGACUAGUCCUGAUAGUUCAGCAGGGAAAUGCUUAGUUGGUAUGGCUGAUGUUGAAUCUGCCAUCCAGGAAGUAUUUCAAGCGCCACAUAUAAGAAUAAUGAAAACUAGUUCGAGGCUCAGUAAGAUUCUCUUGGUUUCCAUGGUUCAUGAACUCUACAAAAGUGGUCUGAGUGAGAUAACCUUUGAUAAGUUGGCUGCAACUGUUUCCUCUCUAUGCUCAAGCAAUAGGGAAGACAUACCUGGAUGGGAUACUCUGUUGAAAGUUGGUUGUAAGCUUGGCGAGUGUAGGAUUAUUCUUUGUGAGGAAGGUACAAAACACAAGUUGCAGAAGCUACAACUAAACUUCCCAAGUGAUGAUGUCGCUUUUGCACUGAAGGAUUGCCCGGAGGUCCCUUGGUUAUCGAAGUAUCUAUGAGCAAUUGAAAUCUUGGUUUAGUUUUACCCCCAUUGUCAGAUUGAGUAUUCUUGGCACAUUUUGCAUCUAACAAAAUGAAGACAUACUUCUCGACAUCAAUGGUAGAAGAAAUUGAACCACAACGUGAAAGCCACCUCCCAAUUGUCGGCUUCCAUGGGGCUCCCCGGAAAAUCACUGCUCC